AUCAAGAGAUCUCAGCUCCAGGACACGGUCAACGAAGCCCUUCAACAACUCGAGGCCGGCGCUGAUCCCUCCACUCUCAGGCUCGACUCUAAGGUAGCCACGCAGCGCGAUCGCUCGGUUGCGUGGGUUCUCAAUGGCUGGAAGGCCAUCAACAAGCCCGAAGUUGUACGCGGGGCUUUCUCUCGGUGCACAGUCCGAGGUGGCUUCAGCCUGUCCUUUGACUCGCUCACGAGCCCUUCCGCUCUCCGAAUCCUUCGCGAAAUCCCUCGAUCUGACCCAACCCUGUGGGAUCGGAUCUCUCCUUCUAUCCCUGACGCCCCCGAUGUUCCCACUGUGACGCCAGCUGAUCAUCAGGAUCCGAUCGAACUCGACACCCCUUUUUCCGGUGAAGACUUCGAUGAUGACACCUGGCAACAGCCCAACGACCUCAUGGCUCGCAUCCUCAACCCUGUCGACGCCAACGAAACGACCAUUUCCGGCCCUGGCAUGGUAGACAAUGUCAACGUGGACUUAGCAACUGUCCAGGUGCCGUCAUCUGAUGAAGCUGGCCGCAGGAAGCGGCGCCGUGUGUCAAACAAGAAGUACGGAGACUUCGUAGGUCAUUAG